UGAUGUCACUGAGAUUUAAUUAAUUGAAGCACUGUACUGCAAGUUGAAUCUGACCAGCUGCAGCGCUGCAGCUGGAGAGAGCAGUUUCCGACUAUUUAACCCGUGAUUGCGCAGUUCUCCUUCGCUCCUGCUUGGACGUGUGUUCUCUUUUACCACACUCCGCCGAGAUUUCACUCGCCACAACCCCAACAACAAACGACCACCUACUAUCUAUCAUACUGGUAAGCCUUCGAUGGAUCCGCGAUCCGCGAUCAGAGUUUGAUGAAGCUACUUGCAAGGAGCCAGUUUGAGCAUCUUACUAUCAUCUACCGGUACCACCAUGGAAUCUUCCUCGCCUAUCGGGUCUACCCUGACCGAAACACAGGACAAGAUCCUCUCCCUGCUUCCUCUGUUCACAGGAAGCAUCAGCAUUGUAGGAUCGGGGCAGAUCAUUUACAUGGUGCUAACCUCGGAAAAGAAGACACCCUAUCGACGAAUUCUGCUUGGAUUGAGCUCCUGUGAUAUCCUCAGCAGUAUGCAUCUAAUCCUUCAGCCAUAUCUAAUGCCAAGUGGCACGGCUGUCUGGGCUUUUGGCAAUGAAGCUACAUGUGAUGCUCUGGGAUUUUUCCAACAAUUGGCUUCGUGUGAUAUUUGGUACAACACCAUGCUCAGCUUCUAUUUUCUCCUACAUGUAACAGUUCGAUAUGCUGUUCUGGAAAACAACUUUGCUAGAACCUAUGAGCCGUGGAUGCAUCUGUUCUCCCUUGGCUGGCCACUCAUCACAGCUAGUAUUGGGGCAGGAUUGGGUGUCUAUAAUGUCUUGGGUGUGGGACAUGGGUGCUGGGUGGCAGAUUACGGUUGCAAUGCAGAAGGAGAGUGCUAUUCCAGAAUGAUUGGAUGGAUUUUCCUGGGGAUUCCUUCCUUUCUCUUUUUUGUUGCAAUUCUAGUCAACAAUGUCAUUGUGUUUUGCCAUGUCCGGUCUACCCUAAAACGCAGCAUGGCAUAUACUCGGGAAUUCAGGAAUCCCAUGACAGCAUCCACAGUCGACGAAGCUGGUAUCACAAGAACGAAACGACAGCAGCAAGAAAUGGAUCCUCAGGCGAAACGAAUAAGAGCGGUUGCAACACAGGCUUUCCUCUAUGUAGGAGCCUUUUUUGCCUGCGGAAUAUGGACCAUUGCCCUCCGCAUCGCUGACGCAUACAGUGACCCAGAUGGAGGAGGGUAUUAUCCUCUGCUUGUGGUGAAUGCAAUCAUGAGGCCAUUGCAAGGAUUCUGCAACUUUUUCAUUUAUAUUCGGCCUGCCUACAUUCGGGCUCGCGAAGGAUUCCCACGAGAGACAAGGAAAUGGGCAUUUCAACGCGCUUUGCAUGGAAACUCGGUAAAGCCCUCCAACGUGAGAUCCACAAAGCAGACUAGAACAAUGUCGUUUGACAUGCAGGCUGACCUUGCGGCUUCUGAUGAUGGUCAAGAUUAAACUGUUUUUCGGAUGAAAUGUUUCCUACAAAGCAAUUGGUCCGGAGAUGAUGUCGUUUUCCAAGGAAGAGUUGCUGAUGAUGAGGUUGUUUUGGUCUCAUUUUUGGAAUUGAAGAAAUGAUACCGGUUUUCUAAGGCCAUUGAGGUCAUCAGGUCAAAUAGGAAACUCUUGAAUGGGCAUCGUCCGAUGCGGAGUGAGUUUCCUGCGUCCUUCUUGGCAUGCAUAGUGGUGCCACUCGUACCGGUACACACUUCGGUUGUUUCGAUGAUAGCAUGGCGUCUUGGAGCUAUAGCUAACUCCCCCGUCUAAAGCAUACCGACUGCAUCUUUCAAAGACAAGGGAUUGUUUUCUUGACACAGGCCUCGGAUAACUUGGCAGAUUGCUUUGUGAUCCUGUUCUGUCAACCGAAACCUACUCCUGUGAAAGGCCCGAUCUUUGGAUACGAGCCUUCGGAAACGGUCAUUUUGCAACUGUAUCCGCUCCAACUUUGUCUUUUUUCCAGAGCUGCUACUGCUGCUGUCACUGCUACUACUGGAGCUUUGCUGCUGCGAUCCUACCGACGAAAAGGACGACGAGGAAGACUCUGUUGGCAAGUUGCGGCGUCGGCGGUGGUUUUUGGGCCCAAAGAGUACUUCAUAGAGAGUCUUUCCAAUGGCAUACGCAUCUCCUUGGGAACAUCCUUUGUACGACGCAGCAUCCGAUGCCACCAUGUAAUGAGGAUCUCCCCUAAGUUUCCCCGGUUCCUCGACACAAAUGUUGUCGUUGCUGCUGCCACUUGUGAAUUGGGAGAAACCAAAAUCAAUCAGGACGGGAUGGCCGUUUUGCAGCAUCCAAUUGGCUGGGAGAUGCAUGAAAAGAUGAUGUGUGAGCGGCAUGCUGCCAUCAUAAUGGACGUGACACGCGAUUUCCUGCACGCACCUGGUUUAAUGUCCCGAUGUACCAGUCCCAGGGAAUGUAUAUCUUGUCCUGUCCGGCAGAUUUCACGUACCAAACGACGUGCUGUGGAACUGUCGUCAAGGGCCAGACCUGCGACUGCUUGCGGUGGUGGCGUUGGAGUGGCAGACGUGACUGGAACUCGAUACCGUCGAGGUGUGCAUUGUCGAAAUUUCUCCAGAUCCAUGUCAUAGACGGGCUUGAGAGCCACUAACCAGUAGGAAUGCCCCAUAAACUUGGUAGGCGGUGU